UGAAGCACUGGAACAGAUUACAUAGGGAGGUGGUGGACUCUCCAUCCUUGGAGAUUUUUAAUGAGCCCUGGUUAGAAGGAUCUGGUUGGGUGGAUGGUCCUGCUUUGAGCAGGGGGUUGGACUAGAUGUGACCUCCUGAGGUUCCUUCUGACCCUAAUUUUCUAUGAUUUCUGUUGCCCUCCACUAGACUCUUUAAUUUGUCCGCAUCCUUUACUUAGCGGGAGACCCAAAACUGAACAUAGCUCUCCGGAUGUGGCCUCACCAGUGCCAAAUAGAGGGGAAGAAUCACUUCCCUUGAUCUGCUGGCAACACCCCUACCAAUACAACCCAGGAUGCCAGUAGCCUUCUUCACAACAAGGCACACUGGUUGGUUCAUAUUCAGCUUACUGGCCAGUGUAACCCCUAGGUCCUUUUUUGAAUGCUUAGCCAGUCAGUCCCCAACCUGUACUGGCGCGUGGGAUUGUUCCAUCCUAAGUGCAGGACUUUGCACUUCUCUUUAUUGAACCACAUGAGACUGCUUUUAGUUUAAGCCUCCAAUUUGUUGAGGUCUUUUUGAAUACUAUCCCUACCCUUCAGUGUAUCUACUACUUCCCGCAGCUUGGUGUCGUCUGUAAACUUGCUGAGGGUGUGCUCCAUCCCAUCUUCCGGGUCGUCAAUGAAGAUAUUGAACAAAACUGGCCCUAGGACUGACCCCUGGGGCACUCCACUUGAUACUGGCUGCCAGCUAGGCAUUGAUCCAUUGAUUACUAUCCUUUAAGCCUGAUGAUCCAAUCCAUUUUCUAUCCACCUUGCAGUCCAUUCAUCCCACCUGUACCUCCUUAGCUUGCUGGUGCAAAUGUUGUGGGAGACCAUAUCAAAAGCUGUGCUAAAAUCAAGCAUGGCUUUUGAUGCAGCUCUUCUCCUCCUGCCUCUCCUCCCCAUCACUGAUGUCACCUCCUGCCUGGGGAGCACAGGUGACGCCUCUCCCGCAGGGCUUGCAGAGCCAGCCGAGCUCAGCCUGCAGCAGCUUCCCAGCCCAGCCUGCUGGAUGUCUGUCCCUGCCAGCAGAUCUCCUAGCCCUGAGCAAAGGGGCACAGCCAUGAAGGAGCAGCAGCUGACGGUGAGUCUGGCUGCAGGGGCAGGAUUGGUGAGGAGGCUCUGCUCUGACCGUGUGGCCUGUCCCCAAGCAGCGGUCGGAGGUAAAGCAGGACUGGAUAUGGGGGGUAGAGGCUUUUCAGAGGCUGCUGUGUGUUCCAGCCUACGAUUUGCCUGUUAAUGCUGCACCACGUAGGUCAGGGACCAGGGGGUUGGUAAUAUUCACUCAGAGGCCUCCGCAGAACUUGAUGAGUCCCAGGACUGGGGCAUUGAUUUCUGCGUGUCCAUCUGGCAACCUGGUGUUUAUUCCCCAGUGGUUUCUUGGAGCUGCAGGUUAAAAUAGCUCGCUCCUCGGGCAUCUCGUGUCACCACAGGACUGUGUCGAUUUGCUUCUGUUUUAAACCAGAGAGCAACAGGCUCCCAGCACAGGAGUCUCGUCUCUGAAGUGCUCCAGGGCUCUAAUCACGUGUAAAGCAUUUUGGGUUUCCCAAUCAAGCUCUUGUGACCCUCAACACUGUGUGGUCUUUUCCCCCACAGGCUUUUUUGUUUAAUCUGCAUGGUAGAGGUCACAAAAUACUCCUUUCAUUCACCAUUUUGGGACAUCAGCAGCUGCAGAUUUCCAAGACAGGCUUGUCAGCCUCACACCAUUGCCUGUCCCAUGCGAGGAGGGACUGCUAUAUACUGGGUAACAUUCCCCAAAGCCCCCAAGUCCUGUGGGAUGCGAGUUCCAAAGUCACUUGGGCACUUUAAAAAAAUUCACCCAGAGACUUUUAGGUCUGAUGAUAAUGCAACAUGCUAGAGCAGGUGUUCAAGGAGUAUUAAAGAGUGUACAUGGGUAAGGUGUUGCUUUGUGCCUCUGGUAACAUUGACCCCAGGGUCUGCCUUGCUUUCCAUUCCUAGAGGAUUUUUCUUUUUUAGAAGAGGAAUAAUGAUGUGUGCACCAGGUAAUCCUGGAUCCCAAAGCUGCCUCUGGAAGCCCUCAUUAAAUCAGCACUUGGUUGGUCUUGUUAUUAUGGAAAUAGAUUUGGUUCCUAUAGAAACUAGUUGCAUGCGACUAUUAGAGCCUUAUAGCAACACUUGGAAUAAUUAGGCACCCUCCAGCUGACACAUACCUCGGUACAUUCUGCACCUUUAUGCCAAUGGUAACCAGCGUUUCCACUCGGCAGCUGUUAAGGAGGCGACAGUCUAUUUUAUGGAUGGGAAAACAUACAUUGUGAGGCCAAAGCCAACUUCUUCAAGUGGCCCAGGUGUCUGACGAGAUUCCUAGAGAGCAGAGACUGAUUUUUGGACAUGCUGAGUAGUUGCAAUUCAAGCUAGAGCCCUGAGCUCUUCUGAAAUUGGGCCCUGGGCAUCUCUGUUUGGGUUUCCAUAAACUUCGGAACUGAGAAUUGGAAGUUUUGGGCUUUGUGACCUGAAUUUGCCCCAUGGUGGCCAAACUGGACCUGCAUCACAGCUGCCCUUGUGUCCUAGCCCUGUGCCUGGUCCAAUAUACCAUUUUGUUUCUCUUUUUAUUACUUUUUUGUACAUGAAAUACUCCUAGUGCAAUCAAAUAUAAAGGUGUCAUACGUGGAGUCACCUCUAUGAUUGGGAUAAGGGGUCCUAUUAGCUAUUUUUCACCUGCUUGUAAUUUCCGUAUCUGUAAUAUUGCCAAAUUUGAAAAUACAAGUAUUAUUUACCAGUUUCUGGUUGAUUCAAGCAUUUAUGCAGAUGCGGCCGUAUAUACAUCUGGCUCUUCAAGCUAGCUCCAGUUCUCCCAUGAACAAAAUGUUAAGCAGACUUUUGUAGUAGCUCUCUGAUUUCCUCAUGGUUCUGCACAGGUCAGGGGUCAACUUGGAGCUCAAUAUAAGCAUGAUGUUCCAGCUUGGAUCCUCAUGGAGUAUAAAUUCUCCUACUCGGUCACCAAGAAAUAGCAUAGUUUUAAUCCAUGUUUCGGGGAUACAGUGGAAACAGCGUGCGAGUGUCCCAUUUAGCUGUGCAGCAGCUGGUAAUACACUUUGAAUUUUCCUGCUCCUAUUGCAAUGAUGUCUGUGGACAGGGUAAUGGAAUUAUUAUGGGGUUUGUUGCAUUAGAAACAGCAGUAGAAAUAAAGAAUCCACAUUUGUCAAGAGACUGGAGAAUUAUAUGCUUAAAUCUUCUCUGGUGGUUUUAAAAAUAACCUGGAAAGGAAAAAAAAAAAUAAGUACAAAGUUGUUCUAAGAAAUCUUAGAUGCUUGCAGGUAAGUCUGAGCUGCCUAGGAGAGCAAUUUAUAACCUUCCUGACUACCGUGUCUGUGUGCAGGUGGCUCUACGUAUUCGUCCGAUCAAUGAAGCUGAGUUGGAGGAAGGUGCCUCUAUCAUAGCCCACAGAGUGGGGGACCAGAUGGUUGUUCUGAUGGACCCAAGUGAAGAUCCAGAUGAUAUCUUGAGAGCUAAUAGAUCCCGAGAGAAGACCUUUAUAUUUGAUAUGGUUUUUGAUCAAAAAGCUACCCAGGAGGAAGUAUAUGUGUCCACCACCAAGAGCCUGGUAGAAGGAGUCAUCUCUGGAUACAAUGCAACUGUUUUUGCAUAUGGCCCCACAGGGGCAGGGAAGACCUACACUAUGUUAGGGAUGGACUGUGAACCGGGGAUCUACAUCCGCACUCUGAAUGACCUCUUUAGGGCCCUGGAGGCAACCAGUGACAACAUGGAUUACACCGUCUCGAUGUCAUACCUAGAGAUUUAUAAUGAAGUGAUCCGUGACCUCCUGAAUCCAUCCUCUGGAUUUUUAGACCUGAGAGAGGACUCCAGGGGUAGUAUCCAGAUAGCAGGAAUAACUGAAGUCUCCACUACAAAUGCACAGGAGAUCAUGCAGCUGUUGACAAAAGGAAACAAGGAACGCACUCAGGAACCCACUGCUGCCAACAAGACAUCUUCCCGCUCACACGCUGUCCUGCAGGUGACAGUGAAACGGAUGAGUCGGGUGAAGGAUAUUACCGAAGAAGUGCGACUGGGAAGGCUUUUCAUGGUUGACUUGGCAGGGUCUGAGAGAGCUGCCCAGACCCAGAACCGAGGCAAGAGAAUGAAGGAAGGAGCCCAUAUCAAUCGGUCGCUGCUAGCUCUAGGAAACUGCAUCAAUGCCUUGAGUGAGAAGGGUGGGAGUCGAGGCCAAUAUGUCAAUUUUCGAGAUAGCAAGCUCACCCGCUUGUUGAAGGACUCACUGGGGGGGAACAGCAGGACAGUUAUGAUCGCCCACAUCAGCCCUGCUAGUAUGUACUUUGAAGAAUCUCGUACAACCCUGAUCUAUGCGUAUCGAGCGAAGAACAUCAAGACAAGGGUGAAACGCAACCUGCUGAAUGUUUCCUACCACAUUGCUCAGUACACCAGCAUCAUCUCAGAUCUACGCCGGGAGAUCGAGCGCCUGAAAGCAAAGAUUGAAAAUCAGGAGAAGGAGAAGAGCAUGGUCAGCUCUGAUAUUGGGGAUGCUCAAGCGGAGAUGCAUGAAGAUCCAGAAGCAUACAGCCGGCGAGAGAUGAACAAGUUGCGGGAGCAGCUGAUCGGAGCUUUCAAGGAGCAGCUGGAGAUGCGCCGCAGCCUCAUAGAGCUGGAGAACACCAACAUUGAGCUGCACAUUGAUACCUCCAGGCAUCUGCUUACGAUUACAGACUGGGAACGAGAGAAGACCCAACAUGCUCGCAGGUGCCAUGACAAGUCAGUGAAUGAGAAGGAAGAUGAAACCAUGGAUGAGGAGGAUAGAGAAGUGGAGGGCACAGAUUCACCUGAACCUCAUGAAGUCAUGGUGGCAAGAGAGGAGAUCAACAUGCUGUUGGCAGAGCAGCGCAAAACAGCAGCCCUAAAGGCAGAGCUGGAGAAGCGGUUAGCCAAUGCCAAGAAGAAGGCCUCCCAGAUGGAGAAGCUGCUCCCCAGGCAAAUCACCAGCAAGGACCAGCAGGAGGUGCUGAGGCUGCUGUGUAAGGCUCACGAGCUGGAGGUGGGCAACACGGAGCUGCAAGCCAGCGCCUUGUACAAGGAGAACCUGCUGUGCCAGAAGGACUUUGUGAUCCAGCGGCUGCAGCAGCACAGGCUGCUCUGUGAGGAAAUCAUUCAGCAGCAGCAAACGCUGAUUCAAGACCAUAACAUCCCUGUCCCAGGGACCCUGGGGAAACUGCAUCAUCUGUACUUUCAUGAGUUAGAGGAGGGGACUCUGAACCGCCUUCUCCUGCUUCAUUCAUUGAUGUCUACCACGCUCAGGGAUGGCUCCACUCCAGACAUAGCUCAGCAGCUGGACCUAAGUAAGGAGGAGGCCAGGAAAGAGCUUGCUGACAGCAGGAAGGGUCUUCCUUGGGGAGCAAAGUUUGAGCUCCCAUCCAUCAUCUUGGAGUCAGACAGUGACAGCUACCGCUCGUCUAAAACUACACCUGCCAGGAAACUGGGGAAUCCAGAUAUCCUUCUCAGUCCUACUUUCGCUUGCUUGCCAAGAAGCCCAGGUCACCAGAAAUCAACUGGUGUUGCUGCUGGAAAGAAGAUUCCCAAAUUAAAUUCUCCCACCUCCCUGGACUUAACCAGGAAGAAGUCAGCUGUGGACAUCAUGACUUCUCCACUGAGCCCAGAGGCUUUGAAAGAGAUUGCAGUUAGCACCAAAAGCAUCUCCCUUAUUGCAGCCCACCGGCGUUGCAGGGCCCAGACCAGAGACCAUGGGAGUGAACCCAUCUCAGCCCACUUUUUUGAGGAUGACAUGGUGGAGCCAAAAUAUCUGCAGGCCAGCUCCACUCCAGAGCCUCGUGUGAAAGGCAGAGGGAGCUUUGGGAGCCUCCCAGAAGAGCCUCAGAGGGAGAAAUGGCUGCACCCCAAAACCAGGAGAGAGUUGAGAAAGGAAAGAGAUCGGGAAAAAUCAGCAGAGAGGAAAGCCAGGAAGAAAAGAUCUCGUUCUCUUGAACACAGCUCCCAAAGGGUGUCAAAAGCAAAACAUCGGACCCCUUCAAGUCCCAACAUGGACAACGUCUCUGAGAACCAGCUGCCUAGAGCUAAGCUGUCCUUGGAGUCAAAGGGCAGAGGCACCCUGUCCCCUGCCACGCAAGCUCUUGCCAAGGUCAAAUUCCCCAUUGGCCACCAGGCAGAAAUUGCACUGCAGGUGCUGGUGGUAAGCAAUACUCCACCCAGCACUGUCCAGCAAAGCAAUGCAGGUCCGACUCGAGGGCAGGUCCUACAAAAGCAAGUCAAAGGGCCUGCAGAUGGUGCCAGCAGCCAGCAGAAGAAGCAGUCAGCCAAAGGCACGAAGAACCUGCCAAAGUCAAAAUAGUCAUGGGCGAAGGUGGGAGACUGCGGGUCUGUCUGCCUCCAGAUGACCAGGGCUUACAGGGGUGUUAGGAGUAUGUGCUUGAGGGAGCCAGUGUCUUGAGAGUUGUUUUAGCCAGUUUGCUAUGAGGCUGGGGAGAAGGAAAGGGCUGCAUAUUGUCUGGUGUUUUCCCCUUCAGAAGUUUUUGCUUUACCAAGCUCCAGUUGCUACUUGCCUUUAAGACAGACUGGGGGUUGCUUUGCUGACUGUUAAUGUUCAAAGGAACAGGCAGCUCCGCUUUUUCUCUGUCCAGAAGAUGGGAGACGGGAGUCUCUGUCAUCUGGUUGUCCGCACUCCAGCACAGAAGAACCCUAAAUUGCCAGGGCGAAGGUGUGGAGAUCAUGCAAAGGGCAAUUUAAUUAUUAAGAACAAACUCCUUUAAAAUACCUCCCCUACUUUCCUGAUGUUUAUGCAUAUCACAGUGGAGCUGGAAAAGGUGAUGCAUGUCUGGCAUGAAGCUUGGUUGAGCAGAUGUUUGGCACUGGGAACAAGCCAGGAGUAUUUUAAGUACUUUGCCAUGUGCUGAACAGUUCAGAUCUUCCAGGAGAGGUGCAGUGAUCAAGACAGGCUGUGUUUUGAGCCGGGGGGGAGGUGAGCUAAGGGAACAUGCUUUCCUUCCAGCAGUUUUUCCUGUGUUCCCUUGAAGGAACAGGCAUUUUAUAAAUAAAUUGUGAUGA